AUGAGACAAGAAGCAAUCACAGAGAAGGUCCUGAAGGACAGAAGUUCAACUCCCAGCGUUGAGCACGCCGAGAAGCCCGGAGGUUCACGCGCAAUUUACGACCUCGAGGGUCGCACAACCGGCCCGACUCAUCUCAGCGCCGUCUUCGAGAACCCCCUGGCGGGCAUCCCGCGCGAAAAACUGCUGGAUGAUGUUGAGAGAUUCUGUCAUGAAUAUGGUCUCGAGGAGCAUGUCGCGGACUUUCGGAAAGGGGCGCUCAUAUCGCAAAAUCCAGCAGGCGCGCUGGAUCUUCAGGAGCUGAGUGAAGAAGAUAGAGAUACUCUGAGGCGAGAGCAGACUCACAAAUGGUCGCAGCCAUGGCAGCUGUAUUUCCUCGCGGGUAUGUGCUCCCUCGCUGCUGCUGUCCAGGGCAUGGAUGAGACUGUCAACAACGGCGCGCAGGCCAUUUACCUGAAGCAACUCGGGAUCGAUUCUCCCCGCUUCUCCCAGAAGAUGCAAGACUAUCUUACCGGUCUUGUCGUCGGUGCACCUUACCUUGCCUGCGCAACAGUCGGAUGCUGGCUAACGGAGCCCAUGAACCGGUUUCUGGCCCGACGCGGAACGAUCUUCUGGUCCUGUUUCAUUGCUGCUGUCGCGUCCAUCUGGGAAGGCGUGGCCAACUCGUGGGUCAAUCUGUUUCUCGCCCGGUUCGUCCUUGGGCUGGGCAUUGGCGCCAAAUCAUCCACAGUGCCUGUGUACGCGGCCGAGUGCUCUCCCGCGCCCAUCCGCGGCGCCUUGGUCAUGAUGUGGCAGAUGUGGACUGCAUUCGGGAUUAUGCUAGGCAAUAUCAUGGGCGUCGCCUUUAUGAGUCUCUCUGACGACCUCUCGUGGCGUCUCAUGCUAGGCUCUACCGUCGUCUUACCCAUCAUCGUCUGCGCCCAAGUCUACUUUUGCCCUGAGUCGCCCCGCUGGCUGAUCCAGCACGACCGCAUCGAACAGGCGUUUAAGGCCUUCCGCACUCUCCGGCCCACUGACCUCCAAGCCGCGCGGGAUCUCUAUUAUGCAUAUGUGCAGGUGCAGCUCGAGCGCCAAAUCAAUACCGGCCGCAGCUUCUUCAGCAUGUUCUUGGAACUCUUCACAAUUCCACGCAACCGUCGUGCCACCCUCGCGAGCUGGAUCGUGAUGUUCAUGCAGCAAUUCUGUGGAGUUAACGUCAUCGCGUACUUCAGCUCCACGAUCUUCCUAGACGCCGGCUACAGCAUUCAACAGGCAUUGCUAGCAUCGAUGGGUGCCGGCAUUCUCAAUUGGGUCUUCGCCCUGCCGGCUUUCUUCACGAUUGACACCUGGGGUCGCCGCAAUCUGCUGCUGUUCACCUUCCCUUUCCUCGCCAUCUGCCUCCUCUGGUGCGGCUUCUCCUUCUGGAUCGAUGCCGCCAAUCCAACCAGCAAGGCACGCGUCGCCAUGGUCACGACGGGGAUGUACCUCUUUGAGAUCUUCUACUCGCCAGGUGAGGGUCCGGUGCCCUUUACCUAUUCCGCCGAGGCAUUCCCCCUGCAGGUCCGCGAAGUGGGUAUGUCGUUUGCGACGGCGACGACUUGGUGCUUCAACUUCAUUCUCUCGUUCACUUGGCCACUACUGUUGAGUGCGUUCAACGCUCAGGGCGCCUUCGGGUGGUACGCCGCAUGGUGUGUGGUCGGGUGGUUUCUGGUGCUGCUGUUUGUGCCGGAGACGAAGGAGCUCACUCUCGAGGAACUCGACCAGGUCUUCUCCGUCUCCACCCGCAAGCACGCCCGCUACCAGCUCGAGAAUGCAUGGUGGCACUUUCGCGUUUGGAUCCUGCGGCAGAAGCUCGAGCCUCUGCCGAAAUUUUACGAGGGUGCGGAGAAGCUUGCGGAGGCCGUGCAUUAG